AUGCUCGUAGUUGUCGGUGGAGCAAAUUCAAGCGCACCUUCCCUUUCAGUACGAGCAAGACGAUCUAGUGAAAUCGAUAAGCCAAAAGCUCAAAUCUUCAAGGUUGAAGUAUCGGGACGUAUAAGCUCGGUAAGCUGCCAUAGCGACGUCGUUGAAGACGCAAACGAGCCUAAAGUCGGCAACGCAAUCUCCGAAUUCGUUCCCCUAGAACAUAUAAGUGCUCACCGUGGUCGCUACAUGUCCAACCCUUCAUCUCCUACUUCAGCGAAAAUGGAAGAGGUUAGCAUAUUGGUUCGUUAUUGUGGGUCUUGGGAAAAGGUUGGUCUCAGUUAUGCAUAUAAGGGUGGGAAGAGUAAGGGCAUGAUCAUUCCAAAUGACAUUUCCUACAACCAAUUAUUGGAUAUGGUGUACGAAUUGACGAAUAUCGAUCGUCGGACACAUAACAUCCAAUUGAAGUAUAUUUUCAAUGUCCAUGGUCCAACUGAACCUGUUGAGAUUGAAGGUGACAGGGAUGUUCAUUUUUUUGUACGAUGCAACAGCGACAAGAACAUACCUGGGACAUCUCUAUGCAUUUCAAACACUGAUAGAGAGGUAUAUGAUGAUGAUACUGAGGUAAAUUUUGAGUUAAAUGAUGAUCGAUAUGAUAUUGCAGAUACAGAAUUGUUUGAAGAACCUGACAUAGUUGGAUUCAGCCGGAACAUUGAUGAUCGUAACGAACCUCAGAUAAAUAUAUCAGAAGUUAACGCCAAUGAUCAUACAACGGCCCAGGAAAAUUUUUCUUCUGAGGGUAAUGCUGGAUUUGCCGGUUCUAAUUCAAUUGGUGCGUCACAAAGCUGUGGUAAUAUGAUCUCACCUGUUGUACAUGAUGAUUCAUAUGCUGUUUUGAAAGUCGGAGAAAUAUUUCCAGACAAGAAGAGCUUGUUUAAAAAGUUAUGCAUGCAUGCGCUUCAUUUGCACUUCGAAUUCAAAGUGGCAAAAUCGACAAAAACUCUUUUUGUUGUUCGAUGCAAAGUAAGUGAAUGCAAGUGGUGGCUUCGAGCAACGAGAGUUGAUGACACUUGUUUUUUCAUCAUAAAGGUAUAUUGUGACGAACAUUUGUCUUCUUCUUGUUUUGAAUUUCAUGAAGCUCGUCAAGCAACAGGUUGGGUUGUGGGGGAAUGCAUUAAGUCUAAAUAUGAGGGGGUUAGUUGCAUUUAUAGACCAAAUGACAUUGUCAAGGAUUUUCAGAGAGUGCAUGGAGUUUCAAUCACUUAUGGGAAAGCUUGGAGGGCUAGAGAAAGUGCCCUACAUUCAUUACAUGGUACGCCAGAACAAUCUUUUGCUGAACUUCCCUCUUUUUUUGCACAAUUGGAAUCAAACAAUCCAGGAACGGUUACACAUAUUGAGUUGGAUUCUAUCAAUCGAUUCAAAUACUGUUUCAUGGCCAUUGGACCAUCAUUAAGAGGUUUUCGUACUUGUAUAAGACCUGUAAUUUGUGUUGAUGGAACUCAUUUGAAAGGUAAGUAUCUUGGAACAUUAUUUGUUGCCACAUGUUUGGAUGGAAACAACCAGGUUUAUCCUUUGGCUUUUGGAGUAGGGGAUUCAGAAAAUGAUGAUGCGUGGACAUGGUUCUUUGAAAAAUUGAAUGGAGCUAUUGGAAGCAUGGAUUCACUUGUUUUUAUAUCGGAUAGGAAUGCAAGUAUUGAAAAAAGUAUCCGGAGAGUUUUUCCAGAGGCCAUACAUGGUGCUUGUAUGUAUCACCUUGGUCAGAAUUUGAAGUCCAAAAAGUUUAGUGAUUCCGUCAUCCCUCAAUUCUACAAGGCAGCAAAGUCAUACAAUAAGGUGGAGUUUCACCAUAUCAUGAAUCAAAUACUCAGAUUCGAUGCAGGUAAUGUUUUCAAGUAUUUAAGUGAAGCUGGUUUUGAGAAAUGGUCUAGGGCUUAUUUUCCUGGACAACGACGAUCAAUAGCUCUUGAAAUGAAAGGUGAACUGACUGACUAUUACGAUAAAGUUGCAGAAGAAAGAAGGAAUAGGGCUAGGGUCAUGACUGUGGAGCCUAUUAGUAUAAAUACUUUUCUUGUUAAAGAUGGUGAUGAUGGAGGACAAGUGGAUUUGGCCAGCAAGACUUGCUCCUGCAGAGUUUUUGAUAUUGACCAUAUACCCUGCAUCCACGCCUUUGCAGCAUGUAGAGUUAGAAAAUUACCAAUAAUUUCAUUGUGUUCGCAAUAUUAUCGUACUGAUAUGCUGCUGCUGGCAUACGCAGAACCAAUCAACCCUGUCUUGAACACAGACGCUAAUGUUCUAACUGAGGAAUUGAGGGUUGUCUUACCUCCAGAAACCAGGAGAAAAAGUGGAUGA